AUGGAGACACGUGACAGCCAAAUAGAAAUUCUCAGCGUGGCUGACGAUGAGACCAUCGCGGCCGAAUCGCGAGAAAAGGCGCCUGCAUUCGCCGAGGCGUGCUGCGAUGAAGAUGAGGAGGAGUCCGCGGAGAUCGCGGACUCCUGCCUCCACUUAAACAAGUUAUUUCACGAACUCUUUCCGGAUAGGCAGGUGGCAAUGUGGAUGACCAUCCACGCCGCCAUCAUUCUGAUAUAUGCGCUCUUCAACUUCAAUGCGUACACAGUCUUCCUCCAGAGUCAGAAUGGCACAAUUAACUUCAACAUCAACAUGAUAUGGUGCCUUUUGUUCAUAUGGGCGGGGAAUCUGAUCAUGUACAUUGGUACCAUGAUCAUCAGGUACCUUUUGAUCAACGUGCUCGUCAACGUUCCAUGUUCUCGUAACGCAUACGUGUUCGCCUCGAUUAGCAUGCUCGACCCCGCGCUCUUCUACUUGUUGUGGGCGGCUACGCAGUCCGUGGUAUGGCAAAUCCUGGUCUCUAGACUGAAGGAUGAAGCACACAUGUUCUGCAUCGAGCCCCCAUUCUGGCAUGAUUUCACGCACAAGUACCUGAUUUUCCGUGAGGAUGCUAUGGUAUGGAUCACCUGUGCCAUACACGUCCACCUGAUUCUGGCCAUACGGAGCUUAACGCUGGCAGUCAUAUCGUUCACGUUCGAACUCAACCUGCUUGUGAACUCCAACGAGGCUCUGAAGAAGUACCUCAAGCUCUACACCAACAUCAGGAAGUUCAACAUCGAUUGGCUCGCGUUGGUCAUCUCAAGACCAGAACUUGUCAAGCGGCUGAAGAAGGCAUUUUUGCGCAAACAACACGACGGAAAGAUAUUCCCCAUGGCACAGAGCAACAGUGACCGGAUCACCGACUUCAAGAAACAAAAUGCGCUGCACAUACUUCACGAGUCCCAUGAGACGGCAUACAUGCAGUACUUCAGCACCAAGGAAGACCUCAGCGUUCCGUCGGACACAACCGACGCGAUGAUUGAUCAAUCCACCACAUCCGCCUUCUCAAACUGGCUGCUCAUCUACUACGUCAUCCGAGUGCCCCCAGUCAUCUCGUUGCUACGCGAGGACGUUGUUCUGCGAGGUCGCGCGGAGAUCGAGUCGUGUGCCGCGAUGCUGUUUGAGCAGAUGUAUAUGACGUUGAAUGCAAGAUCGAUUCCGGGUGAAGAAACGGAUGACACGCAAUCCGUGUCAGGGGUGCGUGACGCGUUGGCGCAAGCAAAAGAUUCAACUGAGGCCGUUGCCAAUGGCAAGCCCGAAAUGGGCACGGACGCAGUGCAGGAGGUACACGAUCGUGGUUCCAAGGCAGAUCACGGAACGGAUAACGCGGUGGGUCCCGAUGUAUCAAAAAGCUCUGUCUUUAAGGCGACGGGAUCUGAUGACAAUACCGCUGCGGCAGUGGCUGAAGAACGUGGCUCUGCCAGUGGAAAGCCACCAGUGGUAAGGAUCGUGGAACCACCGCGUGGAGCAUCUCAUGGGCACCAUCAGAUGGUACCCGCAUCUGAAAUAUCGCAACAAGCAACUACCAGCGUGUCUAAAGUUUGCACAAGCCCAUCAAAGGUCAGGAUCAGAAACCAUCGCACGAUAUCCAUGAUGCACCUAGAGCAGUUCAGGAACAGUUUGAUGGAGAGUGAGGCAAGCGAGGAGUUUCCCGAUGACAGCCCCACCGCCGAUUACCAAUUCAACAGUGUUGAAGGCGAGGACUCGCGUUUUAUUUGUAUGGAGCAAAUGCGGUCGUUCCUUUUGCCUAAGGAAUGCGACACCAUCAUGAGCCUCCUUGAUCUUUCGCGGCACGGUAAGAUCAACCAGUCCAUGUUGCAACAGGCGCUAUUAAACCUGUUUUCUACGCAGAAGAAGUUUACAAACACCAUAAGAGGGCAGGACAGUGUGUUCAAAGUGCUAUCUAGGCUACUGUCAGUGGCCACGUGGGUGCUCGCUAUCGUCACCAUGGCGUUCCUGGCCGGGAUAACGGCCGAGGCGAUCGUCGUAUCGGGUGCAGCUCUGUUGUCGGCCCUCACGGUUGCACUGAGCUACCUGUACACGAACUUUGUGACAUCAGUCAUAUUCGUGGCAUUUUCCAACCCGUACAACGUCGGCGACCGCGUGCGCCUCAACGACGGGGAGCCGCUCACGGUCAGGAAAAUCCGCACCUACACCACCGAGUUUGUCACCAUGCUGGGAAAGGUGGUGGUGUACCAAAACGCAGUGCUUUCGACCAUGAAGAUAACGAACGAGAGCCGCGCUGCGCGGGCUACUGUGAACUACCAGUUCAAGGUCGACGCCGAAACAACAGAAGAGCAGCUGGUUGCCAUAGAGUCGUACCUCAAAAACGCGUGCAACAUGCGGCCCAACGACUUUGUCAAGGACAGCUGCAUCAUGUUCUACCUAGGCUUCAACCCGGGGCACUGCUUCGACCUCAGCGUCUGGGUCACCUGCAUCGAGAGCUGGGCGAACUGGCAGCGUAUAUACCUGCUAAAGGGCGAGCUGUUGGAGCUCACCCUGCGCCAGUGCAAGAAGCUGGGUGUGACCUACAUGUUGCCGACUCAGCCGAUGACGUUCCCGCAUACGCUCUCCAUACGCAACGUGCAGAAGCGCGAACCGUCGCAGGGCGGGAAGCAAGCUUGA